AUGAACGCCGAUCUACAGGCGGCCAUCCAAAAGGGAAAGGGACUCAAGAAGGCUGUGACCAAUGACAGGUCAGCACCACAAGUCGACGCAGCCUCCAAGCCCAGCGGAGGCGGCGGAGGAGGAGGAGGCGGUGGUGGUGGUGGCGGUGGCGGCGGAGGGGGAGGAUCGCUUGGAGGCGGCAUGGGCGGUGGACCACCGGGUCUAGGCGGCCUCUUCGCCGGCGGAAUGCCCAAACUCAAGCCCGCCGGAGCUCCUGCUGCUCCUAAUCUCAGCCUCGCGCCGCCGAGCCGUGCUCCUCCUCCUCCCGUCGCUGCACCGCCCAUCUCGACCAGCAGCAGCUUCUCUGGUGCUCCCAACGGAGCAUCGGCCGUCAGCCGAGUCCCCUCUCCGCCCCCUCACUCUGGUUCGCUGAGCUUCUCGCCGUCGUCGGCGUUCCCUCCGCCGCGCACCUUCAACGCCAGCUCGGCGUCCCAACACAGGUAUCCGAGCGGUGCGAGCAAGGGUACGACCUUUGACUUCAAGAGCCUGGCCGCGUGA